GCUCACGCUAACUUGACAGCUGAGGAGCUCAUCCUUGAUUUUGAUAUGAUGCUGUGCUGCAGUUACGCUCCAGGCGGUCACACACUCAAACAGGACGUGUUUCUUCUGAUUCUGGUUCAUCCAUCCGUCCUCCUCAUGUCCGCGAGACUGCUGUCGGUUUCUUCGUGACCCGCGAGCGCCUCUGAUCCUCUGGGCGGGUCGAUCAUGGUGCUCCAUCGCAUAAAGAACGAAGUUUAACUCCGGCGACCUGAGGAGGUACAGGGGCGGAUUUAAAAUAAAUAAAUUAAAACACCACACAAGCGCCAUGAUGCUAUGAGCCUGCAGGAAGGCAGCCUGGACGCACAUGAUGGAGGAGGCUGCCAGUCAACUUGAACGAGACCACGUGCACAGCGUCUACAACAAGAUUGCCCCAUAUUUCAACGACAGCCGCUAUAAAGCCUGGCCCAAAGUGAGACAAUUCCUGCUGGACCUGCCGGUUGGGAGCAUCGUUGCAGACAUCGGCUGUGGCAAUGGCAAGUACCUCCACAUUAACCAGGAAGUGUUCAAGCUGGGGUGUGAUGUUUGUCGCCCCCUGGUGGACUUUACUUGGAGUCAAGGACAUGAGGUCCAGAUGUGUGACGGACUGCGCUUGCCUUACAGAGAUAGCUGCUUUGAUGCUGUUCUCUCUAUUGCAGUCAUUCACCAUUUUUCCACCAAAGAGCGUCGCAUUCGAGCAAUAAAAGAAAUGGCUCGCACCCUACGGGUAGGUGGGCUCAUCAUGAUCUAUGUUUGGGCCAUGGAGCAAAAACGGCGCAAAUUCGAGAAGCAGGACAUCUUUGUUCCCUGGAAUCCAAACCCUCAACCGGCCUCCAGUUUCAGCAGAGAAGGUCUCCGACCCAGGAGGAGGGCCACGGUGCAGAGCGUGGGUGAAGCCAUAGAUAGCAGUGAAAAGCACAGAAAGGUCAGAAGCACAUCAUCCGUGGCAGAUGAAGAAGAUCAGGGCCGUUCAACACCUCAGCAGAGGACUCAGAGGCAGUGGUUCUUCUCCAGGUCUCUGGAUUCCGUGUUUGACUUUGGAAGUUUAGCCAUCUCCUGGCCGUCCUCCAGAGACCUGAGACUAUUGUCCCUGCCCACAAGGGAAAACAAGUGCAGCAAGUCCAACCAGUAUGGCAGGGGUCAAGGCCUCAUCAAGCAGGUCUCAAGCUUCUUCUCCCCUCCAUCUGUGAUUGGAUCAGAGGAGGAUGUCUUUGAUUCGGUCACAGAUUUGCACAAGGACCAGCGUGGCCCUGGAGGCACAGAAAACCAAGACGUCUCAGUGUCUUUAGCCCAGGACUGUGGUUCCUUAGUGCUGCCAGAUCUAAUUUCCUUGCAAGGCGAACAUCUAAAGCAAUCUGGGGAUGAAACUGAUGGGGUUCCUCAGGGAGAGGAGCAGCAGGCUAGCACACAAAGUCCUGAGGGGGGCGAAGGGCAGGAGGGCUCCUGUCUAAGGUACUAUCAUGUCUUCAGAGAGGGAGAGCUAGCAGAGCUGAUAGAGCAGCAUGUGGAGGAGCUCCACAUAAAACACACCUACUUCGAUCAUUCUAACUGGUGUGUGGUGGCGGAGAAAGUUCGGCUCUGGAAAAUAUGAUCUUAUUCAGCCCAGAUUUUAGCCCUGAAUCAAUCAUUCAGCAAAUAAGACAUUUAUUUGUUAUGAAAUGUCCAAUUUAGCACUUUUUAGAUGGAUUCUUGAAACUAUUUGAGCUCAGAGGAUUGCAGUAUGAAGCAAUGGUUGUUCUGUGUUUACAGAACCACUUUUAGAGUAUUUAUUCUAUUUUAAAAUGUGACGACAAAUAAGCAUUACCCCAAGUCCCCGUGUUUGUUUUCUGUUUUAUCAGUAAGUUUAAUUGCUGCUAUUGAUUUUAUCCAUUCACAAAGGUCAUCUACAAAGGGUUAUGUCGACAAAUGUACUGUUUACUUUUCAGGAUUAAAAGGCCAAAGCAAAAUUAGAAAGACUGAGGUACAAGUUUCCUUCCGCUUUUAAAUAUUUUAACGUUUAUUUUUGGUUCAAAUGCUUUUCUGUCCAUCUUUCCUCCAAAAACCGAGGAGCCAAAUGCGCAGCAGGCAUGUUUGCUGGGUGUUUUUAAGAACUUAAUCUUUAAUUUCUCACCUAACAUCAAUAACAGCUCAAAACAUCUUCCCAAGCAUUUGUGCUUUAGCCUCAAAAUGUAUCGGAAGCCACGUCGGCCAUGUUUGAUGUUGAUGUUUGGUGUAGCUGCAUGGUGUCUUGUAAUGAGCUACAUAUACCGGUUAAGUGUGUUUCAGCAAUUAAACUGCCUCAUUUACUGUGAAUAAACAUUGCACUGUAACACUGCUUGAUGUCAGAGAAUGACACUGAAACAAGGCGACACUUGAAACAUUACCUGUGCCCAUUGUGCCAAGAAUAAUAUCUGUUUUCGUAAAGUUUGUGUGGACCAACCAUGUUUUAAAGUGAUUCUGGUACCUUAAUGUCUUGACUUUCAAUUCCUUUUCUCUUAAUAAAUAAACGUUUUGGGUUCGAAA